UCCUCGUCUUUUUUCUUUUCUCUUUUUAUAAUUUAAUUUGGAAUAAGAGAGAGAUGGAUCGGAUUCGAGAGUGUCUUUUGGUGGAAUGUGGUUGAAUUUUUGCAACUGGGUGUUGAUGCAAAUGUUGGAGUAACUUUUUUGGUGAUUGAUUCAGGAUCUUCUGGGCUACCAAAGUCGCACUAAAUCAUUGAAAAUGUGGGCAUCGGUUCUCGGGUGCACUGUUCUGGUGCUCUUCACUGUCUUCACAAUUGGGAAGGCGGAAAUUUACAUAGUAAGAGUUGAAGGAGAGCCUAUCAUAAGUUACAAAGGUGGGGUUGAUGGUUUUGAAGCCACAGCUGUGGAAUCCGAUGAGAAGAUUGACACCACCAGUGAAACGGUCACAUCCUAUGCUGGUCACCUUGAAAAGAAACAUGAUAUGCUUCUUGGGAGGCUGUUUCAGCAUGGGACCUAUAAUAAGCUCUAUAGCUAUCGACAUCUUAUAAAUGGGUUUGCAGUUCACAUUUCCCCUGAACAGGCAGAAAUCCUAAGACGUGCCCCUGGUGUGAAAUCUGUGGAGACAGAUUGGAAGGUGAGGAGACUUACAACACAUACCCCACAGUUUUUGGGGCUUCCAACUGGAGUAUGGCCAACAGGAGGUGGCUUUGAUAGGGCUGGAGAGGACAUUGUAAUAGGAUUUGUGGACUCUGGGAUCUAUCCGCACCAUCCAAGCUUUGCAACCUAUAAUACUGAACCAUAUGGACCACUUCCAAAGUACAGAGGUAAAUGUGAGCUUGAUCCUGACACUAAGAGGGACUUCUGUAAUGGGAAGAUUAUUGGAGCCCAACAUUUUGCCAAAGCUGCAAUAGCUGCUGGGUCAUUUAACCCUUCUAUUGAUUUUGCUUCUCCCAUGGAUGGCGAUGGACAUGGAAGUCACACAGCGUCAAUUGCUGCUGGAAAUAAUGGAAUUCCUGUUAGGAUACAUGGCCAUGAAUUUGGGAAGGCAAGUGGAAUGGCUCCUCGUGCCAGGAUUGCUGUGUACAAGGCACUCUACAGGCUUUUUGGAGGGUUUGUUGCGGAUGUGGUAGCUGCAAUAGAUCAGGCGGUUUUUGAUGGGGUGGAUAUACUCAGCCUCUCGGUGGGGCCAAACAGUCCUUCAGCAAACACCAAGACCACGUAUUUAAAUCCUUUUGAUGCUACACUUCUUUCUGCUGUGAAAGCAGGUGUAUUUGUUGCACAGGCAGCUGGAAAUGGAGGUCCUUUUCCUAAAACUUUGGUCUCUUACAGCCCAUGGAUAGCAUCUGUAGCAGCUGCAAUUGAUGAUCGCAGAUACAAAAACCAUCUGACUCUCGGAAAUGGAAAUAUCUUAGCUGGAAUUGGAUUGUCUCCUUCUACACAUCCAAAUAAAUCAUACACCUUGGUUGCUGCAAAUGAUGUGCUGCUGGAUUCUUCAGUAAUGAAGUUCAACCCCUCAGACUGCCAGAGACCAGAGCUUCUAAACAAGAACUUGGUUCAGGGGAACAUUCUUCUUUGUGGCUACUCCUUUAAUUUUGUUGUGGGUACUGCAUCAAUCAAGAAAGUCUCAGAAACAGUCAGGAGCCUUGGUGCUAUUGGCUUUGUUUUAGCUGUGGAAAAUAUUUCUCCAGGGACAAAAUUUGAUCCUGUUCCUGUUGGCGUUCCUGGGAUUCUUAUCACAGAUGUCAGCAAGUCAAUGGAUCUUAUACACUAUUACAACAUCUCUACACCAAGAGAUUGGACUGGACGAGUGAGAAGCUUCAAAGCUAUAGGUAGCAUUGGGGAUGGUUUGAUGCCUAUACUCCACAAAUCAGCACCACAGGUGGCGUUAUUUUCUGCUCGAGGGCCCAACAUAAGAGAUUUCAGCUUCCAAGAUGCAGAUCUGCUCAAACCAGACAUUCUAGCUCCUGGUUCUCUGAUUUGGGCUGCUUGGUCUCCAAAUGGAACAGAUGAACCUAAUUACGUUGGAGAGAGAUUUGCCAUGAUAUCUGGAACUAGCAUGGCUGCGCCUCAUAUAGCAGGGAUAGCUGCUCUUGUAAAGCAGAAGCACCCUCACUGGAGCCCUGCUGCCAUCAAGUCAGCCUUGAUGACAACUUCAACAACGUUGGACAGAGCAGGAAGGCCUCUUCAAGCACAACAGUAUUCUGAAACAGAAGCCAUGAAAUUCGCUGCUGCUACACCUUUUGAUUAUGGAAGUGGCCAUGUUAAUCCGAGAGCUGCUCUGGAUCCAGGACUUAUUUUUGACGCAGGUUAUGAGGAUUACGUGGGGUUCCUGUGCACAACUCCUGGUAUUGAUGCUCAUGAGAUAAGGAACUACACAAACUCACCCUGCAACUACACCAUGGGCCACCCAUCAAACCUCAACUCACCAUCAAUCACAGUCUCCCAUCUUGUGGGAACUCAGACUGUUACCCGCACAGUCACGAAUGUAGCCGAGGAAGAAACCUAUGUAUUCAGCACCAGAAUGGCACCGGCCAUUGCCAUUGAAGCCAGCCCUCCGGCAAUGACUUUGAGAGCCGGUGCAUCACGAAAAUUCUCCGUGUCUCUCACAGUCAGAUCAGUGACUGGAACAUACAGUUUUGGAGAGAUUUUAAUGAAAGGCAGCCGAGGGCACAAGGUGAGGAUUACAGUGGUAGCUAUGGGAUACCAACGAUAGUUGGGUUGGUCGAUUAUAGAUUGGAUUGGUCUAUCUUAAAAUUAUGGGUUAUGGUUGUAAUAUUCUUUGUAAUAUGUGGGAAUAAGAGGCUAGGUGUAUUUGUCUGAAAUAUAUUAUAUGGAUCGCUGUAAAGAUAACUGAUAUAAGGGGGAAACUCUUAGUUUACCCCACUCUAAGUUUUGCUAA